UCGAUUAUGGUCGGCCACUGCAUCGAUGCAGCAUCGUCCAUGUCUGCAUCGUGAUGCAUCGAUUAUUUGAUUAAUUUCAGCACCUCUAGUGAGCUGUACCUAAUGUUUUACCAUCUCCCAUGUAGUUUUUCUCAACUGUUCACACACUAACACUGAUAUUUGAGACAACCUGUAACUCAUGCACCAACCACCUGAACCAGUUCUGCUGAAAUACAACCGCAUUUCCUGCUUUGUACUAAAUCACACUUUUUCCAAAACACUACACACAAGUUCUCUACAUUUAACUCAGUCUUCAUCAAUAACAUGGAACACACUGUCAUUCAAAAUGCUGAACACAGAUGAGCUCUGUGUUGGAGCAAUGGAUGCCAACAUAGGAGAGAGAGUAAGAGCACGGCCAAGCAGAGCCAUAUCUGAUGAUGGUCAGCCAUGAUCUGACAUUGAGGGAGGCAAGGCAGAGAGUACAACCAAACUAGAGCAGCAUACAAUGGGCUCUUUACAAAGAGAAUCAUAAUGAUGGUUUGUUUCUCUGACCAACAUCACUUUUAUCUGCUGGUUAGAUCAUCACAACAUUUUGUAAUCGCCCAUAUAUUCUAACAAGCUAAUGCUGACACGCAGCAAAGGGACACAGGUCAGAGUGGAACCCUGGGCCACUGCAGAGAGGACUAAAAUGACUAAUAUAUUAUUUUGGAGUUAUGUUUUUCUUGCACCCAGCGCAAUGAUCCUGAUGUUCUGUAUCUGUGGAGGGUUGAGAGCUGUUGUUUGUUGACAGACGAUUAUUUUGCUUUAGCUGAAAUUUCAGUUUAUUUCUGUGUCCACAGGUGUGCCGUGGCCGUUUAUAUUGACACCUUUGGUGAAUGUGUCCUCCAUAAAUAUCUACUCAUUUUGUAGAAAUCAAUACAUAUAUUAUCAAAAACGCAUUAUUAUUAUUAUUAUUAUUAUUAUUAUUAUGUUUAUUUAGUAUACAUAUAGUAUUCAGUGACUUUUCAUGCUGAUAACUGCACUUUUGAAAAUAGGUGUCGUUAUCAGUGUGAAGGGAUGCUGAAUGAUGUACUGUGGAGGGAUGUAGAGUGAAGACAAUAUUGUUGAUCACUGACUUUGGCAGCAAUUGUCUGAUUUCAAAGUGUUUGCUGCUUCCAGACAUGAAAUACCCACAGUACUUUGUUAUGACUGAUAACUGGGGAUAAGGGAAGUAAAGUACUUCUGGCAGCAGCAGUGGUUUUCUGUAGUAGCAGAAAUAUAACUCAUUAAGGCCCCAUUACAGUGAGAGAGCUCAUGUUAAGUAUAGGAAUACAUUUUCUACCAGAAAAAUAAAUAAAUAAAUGUCAGAUUCAAACUAAUCAAAUGUGGUUAAACAGUCAUCAGAAUCAAGAUUGGGGAUGACAUACUCGAGGAUUUCCAGAGGGAUCAGGUGAAGAGAGAGGGGAAAUGAAUGUGAGAGUUGAAUAUAUGCAGAGGAGAGUGGGAAGUGAGACUGGAUCAGGAUUGCUCCUGUUUUUCAAUUUGAACCGCUUUUUGAGAUAAAAUAUAAGACGCAUUCUCCAAAUAUAAUAUUGAUGAAUGUAUAUAUAUGUCAUCAGUGACACACACGGAAUACAGAAUACAGAAUUCAGUAUGGAAUGAUCCUGGGUUCUUUGGUUCCAUUCUAGAUGUCCCUGUACUAACUGUAGAACCCUGCACCAGUCAGUCACAUAUCGAUCUGAUCUGAGAGACAGUCAGUGUGAAAACAAAGUUGUUUCCCUGUGUGAACAAUUUAGUAGUGUUAUUCUCAAAGUUAUGGAUAAGCAAAAGAAAUUUAACGUCUUCCCUCGACUCUGGAAGCAGGCCCAGUGUGACGACGGUGAUCAAACUGUAAGCCGGAAGAACCCUGAUGGCUUCUUCACCAGCGAGUCCAAGAUCCUGGAGAUGCAGAAGGCUGCGUUAAGUCAAGGCGCAGAAAGUCUGUUUGCUGUGCGACAAGCCCAAAGUAAAGCUGUUCUGGACAGACUGGGACUCUCUGUUCAGGAUGUCGCCCGGCAUUCACUUCAUCCGCCACCUGUUCCCAGACAAAGUGCAAAGUCCCCUGUGCAAUCCCUGCGAUAUCGGCAAGGAAGGAGGUUCUGCCCCAUUUUAGAUGGGCCUCUCUUGGUUGUAAAGGACAUCAACCAAAAGCAGAACAGUCCUGAACUUUCAAAAGAGGACAACGACUCCUUCUGGGACAAGGUUCGUCUUGGCAGUCAGGUGGCAGCACAGGCAUGUAAGGAGGCCCAGAUUGCAGACAGAGACCGGAGCCCAACAUCUUCCGUCACUUCUGUGUGGAGCUCUGUCGAAACUGACACACCCAGAGAGCUGAGGGCCAUUUCUCUGAUUGGAAACCCUGUUGAGUUUCCAACACUGAAGCCAACUCCUCCUCCUCAAGCAGUUCCACUACACAGGAGUAGAGUGUCUCGUCUACCUGUGUUGUCUGCUAAACUCAGAGUAGCAGCAGAAAAGAAGGUCGAUGGAUAUAAGCUCCAGUUGGUUCAGAAUCAUGUUGAGGCUACAGUGAAAUUCUGGCUCAACUCUGUCCCUUCCCCUCGACCCCCAACGGCUGCCAAGAGGACCCCUGUAGUAACGCCUUUGGCCCCAAUCCCUCCAGACGUUUCUCAAACUAAGAGAAGAGUAACUAGACCUGGGAUGUUGCUACGCCCUGCAAAAGCUGCCAGCAAGAAGACAGCCAGUGACUGCAGGCCGCAGACAGCAAAUAAAAAAAAGGUUGAGCUGCAGCCAUUGACCAACCCUCUGCAAAGCCUGUCACUCUUCUUCCAGCUGCUCUCUUCAGAUGACUGGAUGAAGAAAAUAAACGGCUUGAAAACAAUGCAAGCUCUGGCGCAGCACCACUCAGAGACCUUGAAGACCAAACUUCAUGAAGUGUGUCUGGUUGUCACUCAGGAGGUGAAAAACCUACGGUCGGCAGUGUCAUGUGCAGCUAUGAACACCGUAGCUCAGCUUCAUGUUCAUUUGCAGAAGGCCAUGGACCCAGAGGCAGAAAGGACAGGUCGAGCUCUGCUGUUGAAACUGGCGCAGACCACCAACACCUUUAUUCAUCAGCAGGCUAAUCUUGCACUCGAUGCCAUGGUGCAGAACUGCAGCCAUGGUCGGGUUGUGAGCGCUCUGUUGAACGCAGGACUGAGCCACCGUUGUGUUGCAGUAAGACGGAGCACAGCACAACACCUGCACCUGCUGGCUGACAGCCUAGGUGCGGCUCACAUUGUGACAGCAGGGAGGACCUUCACUGCGCGCUUCCUUACUGCUGUCUCCAAAAUGUCCGUGGAUGCUGCUCCGGAAGUAAGGCAACAUGGACAAACGAUGCUCCAUGAACUUGCCCUCCACAAGGACUUUACAAACCUGUGGAAAAAGAUCGUCCCUGAGAGAGAAAGGCGGGCGCUGGACAAGAUCUUAAAGAAGGCCAACUGAAAGACCUUGAUUAUUGUUAUUGUUAUUGUUAUUGUUAUUGUUAUUGUUAACCCUUCUGUUAUGUCAAAUGGAGACAAAAAGGGGUCAGACGUGUCAUGUACUACUUGUUUCUUUGCUACCUUGAGACGUAUUUCACCCCAAUCACACACACACACACACACGCGUGCACACACACACACACACACACACACACACACACACGCAUACACACGCACACCUACACACACACACACACACACACACACACACACACACACACCCUCUCCCUAUUCUCUUGACCCCAUCUGUAAAGUGCGAGAAUGCAGGUGUGGUUCCAGCAAAAAGUCACUUUUAAAUGUGUUGCUUGGAGGUACAGGAAUAGCAGUUUCUUCAUUUUGUUCAUCAUCAGAAUCACCAGACUCAGAAUUGACCUCAAGAUGGUCUUCAUCUUCUGCUAUUUCAUUCUCGUGAUCAAAGAUGAGUUUCAGAGUUUGCCCACGGAAACAGAAGAGGUUCAGCCUCUGAUGAUUCUGAUGAUGAACAAAAUGCAUAAACUGAUAUUCCUAUUCCUCCAAGUAACACAUUCAAAAGGGACUUUUGGAACCACACCUGCAUUCUCCACUUUAGAGAUGGGGUCAAGAGAAUAGGGAGAGGGUACGUGUGUGUGUGUGUGUGUGUGUGUGUGUGUGUGUGUGUGUGUGUGUGUGUGUGUGUGUGUGUUCGUGUGUGUGCAUGUGUGUGUGUGUGUUCGUGUGUGUGUGUGUGUGUGAUUGGGGUGAAAUGUGUCUCACAGUUACAAAGAAACAAAUAGUCUAUGACACUUCUGACCCCUAUGAGCCUCCACUUUGACUGCCAUGUUAUAUAAAUAGGGUUGCAAAUGAAAUAAACCAUUUUCAUUUUA